CAGAAUCUACCCCUGCCUAUGAUCCAGAACCUUACAACAUCCAACAGCUUUGUCCCUAAUUCAACAAACUCAUGGUGGUCAUCCUCCUACGUCCAUGCGUCUAACAAUCAUGAUUACUUGAUCGUCUCCCAAUGUUUGCUGAUGAGCGCUGGCUUGUACCGGGGCUCCAUCCUUGAUAUUACCGACCCGAGCUUCUAUCGCCAAUCCGAGCGUUUCGCAACUGCCCCUCUUAACGAUCCCAGUCAGAGCAGUGGUGGCAUUCUCAACAUCACCUUUGAGCAGUACGGCUUCCACACGACAAACGACAACGAUCCACUCCAAGAACUACGCACGUGGAGUGCAGUCGAAGGCGUAGAAUUCGACAUACGAUUCCAUCUCUCUACCCCGGUGAUACUCAAUGGCGGCACCGGCCUGUUCCAAUGGGGCUCCGAGUUGACCCACGAAUGGUCCAUGCCUGCCGGCCUCACAUUUGGAAGCUUCGUCGUGAACGGGUCCCGACUGACCAUUGAUCCCACACGGUCCAUGACCUGGUACGACCGGCAGUUGAUGUGGCCGAAUACACUGGAGAAGGCGGCCAACAAAGCCAACUGGACGUGGUUCGAACUGCACCUUGACGACAACAACAACAACAACAACAAUGCCCCAGCCGGCAGAGCCGACAAACUGUCAAUCUGGGUCUGGGAUACCACCGACCAUCGACGUACUCAGUUUGCGACGGUUCGCCACGGGCCGGGCAUCCACCAGGUCCUGCCUGUGACUGUGUUUGCCCCGUCUCGGCGAACCUGGACCUCGCCGGUUUCGAAAGCAACUUACCCCCUGGACUGGGUGGUUACCCUCUGGGAUGGAACCACGCUGUUUAUCUCGAGCGUACGACCGGACCAGGAGCUUUGUGAUGCCAUGGGGCUUUCGCCUACAUACGAGGGUUAUAUUCGGGUCAAUGGUUUUGAUGGAGACGGUCGAAUGAUCUCUGGGUAUGGUUUGGUUGAGCAGGUCCCUGCCGGGUUUCUUCCGGCCAUGACGCCGUCGAGCGAUGAAGGGUGAAAUGGUGCUAUUGUCUUUUGUAAAUGCUCUAAGGCAGC